AGCGUCUUCAGCACCAUCAUCAAUCAGGCUCCCUUCGCCAUCGAUGACCUGAUGAAGGAGGUGAGGGCGUCUGAGGACUCGGACUCGGGACAGGCGUCUGAAGGGGACGAGGAGGAGGAAGGAGAUGAAAAGACGAUGAAGAUGGAAGCAGGGAGGAAGCAGCUUAAUGGAAACAAAACCAACGAGGAAGCUGAUGAUGACGAUGAUGAGUUUGUUCACUUGGAGAACCUGGACUCGGACUCACUGCGUGAUGAAGACGUUGGGCCGGUGCUGCAGUUCGAUUACUCUGCACUGGCGGACAAACUGUUGGAGGCUUCCGGUCGGAGCGGCGUGCCAGCAGCCAACAGAGAGCGACUCUACAAGAUCAUAAAGACACUGCGGGACCUGAGUGAAGGCGUCUUUCCUCAGGACGAGUACCCGGAGGAGGUCUCCACGGACGAGGACGACGACAUGUUCGGCAGCAGGAAGAGGAUGAAAAAGAGAAGACGUCACCUGGAGGAGGAGGAGCCGGCAGCAAAGAAAGGGGAGGAAGAGGAGGACGCUGACGCCGCAGACAAAAAGAAGAAGAAGGGCGUGAAGGCCGGCACAGGAAGCUGUGAAGCAUCCAGGGAAGGACUGGCAGCGCCUCAGAGCGACACGGCAACACCUGCCAAGAAAAAGAAGAAGAAGAAGAAGAAGAGGAAAGCUGAGGGAACCACAGAACAGCCAGAACAGAAGCAAACGGCUCAAGAAGAAGAAGCAUGGACGCCGUCAGGAACCCUCCACUCUGAGGCAGCGCCGCCACCUGACCACCAGGACCAACCACAGAAGAAGAAACAGAAAAGCACAGAGACUCCUCCCACAACAGAGCCGCAGGUUUCGUCUGCACGCGCUCCCAUAUCAGAGAAGAAGGAGGGCGUAACGGCAGAUACAGGAAGCUGUGAGGCAUCAAGAGAAAACGUGAGCGCGCCGCCGCCUCAGAGCGACUUUACGACUCCUACUAAGAAGAAGAAGAAGAAGAUGGCUGCUGAAGCAGCGCUGCCUGUUGGCGUGAGGAGCUCCGAGUCGGAUGAGACACCUGCAGCAGGAAGUGACGCUGUAACACCAGCGAAGAAGAAGAGCGUCCCAGCUGAUGAAGAGCAGGCACCUGAGGCGCCACAGCUCCCCAAGAAGAAGACGAAGAAAAAAGGAAAAGAGGAAAUGACCACAGGCGUGACCGCUGCUGAGACACCACAGAAGAAGGAUCAGCAAGAAGCUCCAGAAGAGGAAGAGGUCCAAAAGGAGGCUAGGAAGACACCAGGGAAGAAGAAGAAGAGCGUGACACAGGAGGCCGCUGAGGCGCAGGUUGGGGGUAAGGCAGGUGACACGGUGGCGUCCUCGGACAGAGAAACUCCCGCAAGGAAGAAGAAGAGGAAGAUCCCCGUGGUGUUCGAGUUCGAGGCCGACGAGCUGCAGACCCUGAACGGCAUCACAGCAGAAGAAGAAGAGACCGCCACCAAGAAACCCCGACGCACCAGCGAUGACGUGGCCACGCCCCCGAGCAACAAAACACCACAGAAGAAGAAGAGGAAGAGCGCCGGAGGGUCACAGUCGGACUUCAUCACGUUUCAGAGCAACGCCAAAGCACCAACGCCGCUCUUCUGUAAGACUAAGGCAAGCCCGGGCACGCCGGCGUCCAGCAGGAAGAAGCUUCAGACGCCAAAGUCGGACUCCAAGAAGGUGACCUUUGGCCUCAAGAACAACAAGACAGCCGAGUUCAAGAAGACGGAUCGCAGCCUGCUGGUGAGUCCUGACGGCUCGUCACGAGUUCCCUUCGACCCGCAGCAGAAACCCAAAUUCGGCGUGUUGAAGGCUCCGCCCACACCGCUGAGCGCCAACGUGAAAAGGACACCAGCCGGCAAAAAGAAGGGCGGCGCCCCAAAGAGCACGCCCAAACGACGAGUGGUGGCCUCGGACUUUUUCUGAGCCUUCGGUGACGGACUGAUGAGGAAAUAAAUUUAUUUUGGAGUUUUAUGUUCUUUGCAUCUGUGUUUGUAUCUGAGUGACUCGAAUAAAGUUACUCGCUUCAGUUUUUCCACAUUUA